AUGUCCGAACCCCGGAUUUGGGGGAGGCGCCGCUGGCUUUGGGCGCUGCCCGUCUUCUUGACCAGCGUGGAGGCGGCGGCGGAGCAGAAGCGCUCCGUGAGCGGCGUCUCGGGCCAGCGCUUCAGCGGGGAGGUGCUGCGGGAGGUGCCGAAGGAGGAGCUGCGCUUCGCUGGGAUCAGGCGCAGCGAUUUGAAAGCCCUCAAGCAGGAGCGGCGCUGCGAGCGAUGGAUCGUGGUGACCUCCAUCUUUCAGCCCUCGCCGGCCACGAGGAAGCUGGGGGAGAUGACGCGUCAGGGCUGGUGCUACGUGGUGGUUGCAGAUAAGAACGGCCCCAAGGAUUAUGACGAUGUCGAAGGCGUGGUUUACCUCACGGUGGAGCGCCAACGCGCCCUGCAUUUCCACAUUAUGGACCACUUGCCCUGGAGACACUUCGGGCGAAAGAACGUGGGCUUUCUGUACGCUAUCGCGCACGGCGCCAGAAUCAUCUAUGACACCGACGACGACAACCGGCUGAAGGAGGCGAGGAUACCCAUCUUGGGCUUCGGCGACGGCGCGUCCAGUCCGGACGGUCUCUCCAUCAACGUCUCACGGCCGCUCUUUGAGGAGCCGGGGACUUUGCAAAAGACGAAGCCGGGGCUCCUGAAUCCCUAUCCCAGCUUCAGGCCCAGCUGCGGGCACAUCUGGCCCCGGGGCUUCCCGCUGGACUUUGUGCAGGCGGCGGCCACCUUCGACCGCAGCCUGGCGCCGGCGCAGUUGAGCCGUCCGCCGGCGGUGCAGCAGUUCCUGGCGGACGAGGAUCCCGACGUGGACGCCAUCUUCCGGCUCACCCGGCCUCUGCCUUGCACCUUCCAGGGCCAGGCGCCUGAGCUCCCAGCCGCCAUGGCCAUUCCACCUCAGUACUUCACGCCCUACAACGCGCAGGCGACGGUGCACCUCUACGAGUCGUUUUGGGGCCUGCUGCUUCCAGUGACGGUCCACGGCCGCGUCUCCGACAUUUGGCGGGCGUACCUCACGCAGAAGCUGCUUUGGGACGUCGGCCAGGUGGUGUCCUUCGUGCCGCCGCACGUGGUUCACGAUCGGGUGGCGCAUGACUACCUCAAGGACUUUCAGAGCGAGGGGGAUCUCCAGUUGAAGUCCACUGCCUUGGUCACCUUCCUGGCGCACUGGUCCAGCGACGCCCCCACGCUGGUGGAGCGCAUCGAGCAGCUCUGGGGGGCGCUGUAUGCCCGCGGCUUUGUGGAGCUGGAGGAUUUGAGGCUGGCUCAGGCCUGGAUCCGGGACCUCAUCUCCGUGGGCUACGACUUCCCGGAGUUGGAGCUGGGGAAGAUCAUGUGGGUGGAGGCUGACAGCCGGAGUGAGCUCUGA